GCGAAAGGUGAUCUACUUUUGCCCAAAAUCUUUAGUACUUGAAUAAAAAUUUUAUCUUCCAUCUUCUAGAUUAACUUAUUUAUAAUUUAUAAUAAUUUGUAAAAUUAAUUUUUUGGUGAAUAAUGCAUGAAACUAAUCAUGACUCUGAUAAAAUUACAAUAAAAAUAAGGCAUUCGGAUGAGGAUUAUCAUGACAUUACGAUUGAUUGGUCAAAUGAAAUUUUCGAUUACAGGAAACAAUUGUUCCAUCAGUUAUCAGCAUACACAGGAAUACCAGUUGAACAUCAACACUAUGUCAGCGUGGACAGAACAUUUCGUCACGGUCACGGUCUGCUAAAUAUGGAAUGGAAGGAUGGAACUUACCAUGAGAGCUGGGAUUGGGUAUACGACUCAAAGGAACGCGCAAUGAAUGCUUUCAAUGAUGGCGAUUGUUUUCUAUUUAGAACGUUACUUUUUGCAGAGGAUAUUGGAUUGGGUUGUAGAUAUGACUUGCAGCAUCAGAGUCUGGUUAAUGAAACUGGAUGCGAACGAAAUUAUUGCUAUUACCUGGGUCGUCGAUCUUUCACAAAAAGAGUAUCAGAGUUGCUGAAAUCAGAUGAAUUGCGAAAAAUUUGUGAUGAAAAUGCCUUAAAAUAUGGCGUACAACCAGCAGAAUUUUUAAGAAUGAACCUCAAUUUGAAUAUUGCGCAUCUUACAAAUCCAGUGUGCACUGCGCGGAUCUUAGCUUGGCCUGAUAGCUUGGCAUUUCGGUUUGAUGCUAACUAUAUGUACUUACGUUACCGUGGCUAACUUGAAUGGUUUGGACUCAUUU